AGUGGGUGGGGCUGCGACUCCGGAAGACGGCAGUCAGAGCCCUGGUCUGGUUAGAGCGAGCCAUGGUAGCGACACGUGCUUGUGCUGAAUUGCUGUCGGGAGUAGUAGGGGUCGUGGUCGGAAUAUCAGCCAUGAUAUACAUGGGAUUGUUCUAUGGUGGAGUUCUGGAGUCAUUUGGUAUUGACGUGGUCUCAACAUGGCACCGUCCUGGACUUCUUCAUUCCUCUCCUCUGCUCAACAACUCCCUCCUCCUACUCAUCUUCUGCCUCGCUCACAGUGUGUUGGCGAGACAGAGUGUGAAGAGAGUCAUGUCGUGUCUCAUGUCGACCUCAGUCUACCGCCAUCUCUACUUCCUCCAGAGCUCUCUCUCCAUCUUCCUCAUCUGCUACGGCUGGACUCCCAUCCCCUCUCCCACUCUCUGGGAUAUUCACUCACCUCUCUUCAGACUGGCUCUAUAUGGAGUCGGUUCACUUGGUGUGGUGAUUAAUAUGGUGGCCUUCUUGUCUCUUCCUGUGCUGGAGUUCAUUGGCAUCAGUGAACCUCUGGAGAGACUGACUGGGAGAAAGAGAGAGGGAGGGAGUCUGGUGACCAGUGGACUGUUCAGUCUCGUCCGUCAUCCAAUGUACACAAGUAUACUCCUCUGUAUAUGGAGCAAUCCUACUAUGAGUCUGGGCAGGUUGAUGGUGGGAGGUGUCCUGACAGUAUACCUGCUGGUGGCAGUUCCACUGUUAGAGGAGCGAGAUCUGGUGGAGAUGUUUGGAGACAAGUACCGUCACUACAUCACCACCACUCCCAUGCUCCUCCCCUUCAAACUGUGGACUUCUCCUUCCCUCACUGAGAAAGACAAAUCAAACUGAGCUCUCUAAAGAUAGUGAUGUCAACUGGUAGCUAGUGCCACUACAUUGUUACUCCAUAGUAUAUACAUCCUUUCUCUUGAAACAUAAUAUUGUUGUGGAGCUAUGAAAUCUCUUGAAAUGACCU